AUGAAGAAAAAUUCUGGAAAACAUAGAAGACAAUCACAUAACGAAACAAAUCACAAACCACUACCUUUAAUCCCUCUAAUUAUUCCUACUAGUGUUCAUCCUCAAGCCGAAUGGAUUACUUUUAGUGAAGGUGUUUCCAUUGCUGCAGAACGAGCAAAUAAAAAAAUACCAUAUUACAUGCUUCCGGUUCUUGGUACUUUACCAUCUGUUCAUCAUGUUUAUGCGGAGUGGUAUUUCGGUUUGGAUGGUAAACCAGCAAUCAAAACAUUGAUCGAAAAAUAUGGAAAAGACUGGAUUAGAGAUAACAAUGCGAGAUUGUGUCGCCGUAGAUUUUUAAUUAAUGAGAUCGAGAUGAGGGAGAUGCAACAUAGUACAGCGGAAGCAUUGGUUUUAUUGGAUGGUUUGAGAGGUGAUGACGGCCUAAAUAGAUUAGUUGAUGUUAAAUUGUUGGGACGUCCUAGAUAA